AUGCAAAUCUUCGUCAAGACUUUGACUGGUAAAACCAUCACCCUUGAGGUUGAAUCCUCCGACACCAUUGACAACGUCAAGGCCAAGAUUCAAGAUAAGGAAGGAAUUCCACCAGACCAACAAAGAUUGAUCUUUGCUGGUAAGCAAUUGGAGGACGGCAGAACCCUCUCCGACUACAACAUUCAAAAGGAGUCCACUCUCCACUUGGUCCUUAGAUUGAGAGGUGGUAUGCAAAUUUUCGUCAAGACUUUGACCGGUAAGACCAUUACUCUUGAGGUCGAGUCUUCUGACACCAUUGACAAUGUUAAGGCCAAGAUCCAAGACAAGGAGGGUAUUCCACCAGACCAGCAAAGAUUGAUCUUCGCUGGUAAGCAAUUGGAGGACGGCAGAACCCUCUCCGACUACAACAUUCAAAAGGAGUCCACUCUUCACUUGGUCCUUAGAUUGAGAGGUGGUAUGCAAAUCUUCGUUAAGACCUUGACCGGUAAGACUAUCACCCUUGAGGUCGAGUCCUCUGACACCAUUGAUAACGUCAAGGCUAAAAUUCAAGACAAGGAGGGUAUCCCACCAGACCAGCAAAGAUUGAUCUUUGCCGGUAAGCAAUUGGAGGAUGGCAGAACCCUUUCCGACUACAACAUUCAAAAAGAAUCUACUCUUCACUUGGUCCUUAGAUUGAGAGGUGGUAUGCAAAUCUUCGUCAAGACCUUGACCGGUAAGACUAUCACCCUUGAGGUUGAAUCCUCCGACACCAUUGACAAUGUCAAGGCUAAAAUUCAAGACAAGGAGGGUAUUCCACCAGACCAACAAAGAUUGAUCUUCGCCGGUAAGCAAUUGGAGGACGGUAGAACUCUCUCCGACUACAACAUUCAAAAGGAGUCCACUCUUCACUUGGUUCUCAGAUUGAGAGGUGGCUUCUAA